AUGCCUACUUCUUAUCCCGAGUUCAACGACAAGACGACGGCCACUGAGGUCGCGAAUGAAUUUGCCGGCCAAAUAAAAGACAAGAUUGUGGUCAUUACUGGCGUUGGCCCUGAUAGCUUGGGUGAAGCUCUUGCCCUGUCUAUAGGCAGUCAAGGCCCCGCGAAAUUGAUUCUAGCUUCGCGUACCGAGUCCAAAGUCCAGCAAGUUGCUGUUAAAGUGCUACAGCUCUCACCUGACUUGCCUAUUGAAGUGGUCAAGUUGGACCUUGCCUCGCAGAAUUCUAUUCGUGCUGCAGCUUCGAAAGUUCAGAGUCUUGUUGACCAUAUUGAUAUUUUGAUCAACAAUGCUGGUAUCAUGACCCAGGAGAGAGAGUUCACAGAGGAGGGGAUCGAGCUUCAAUUUGGAACAAAUCACAUUGGAUCCUUCCUGUUUACCCACCUGCUCGUGCCACAACUGAAAGCUGCGGCUAAAUCCUCGACACCUGGAUCUACUCGAGUCAUCAAUGUUUCCAGUGCUGGCCAUCGGUUGUCACCUAUCCGCUUCCACGACUAUAACUUUGACGGAAAUGAUAUUCCGGAUGAUGAGAAACCCCCAGAGAACUUGCCUCCCAUGUUCAAUGCUAAGGCUGAAGGGUACAACCCAUGGCUGGCAUAUGGACAGUCCAAGGGAGCGAACGUGCUGUUCACUGUAUACUUGACUCGGCACCUGGCAUCUGAUGGCAUUGUCUCAUACGCUGUCCACCCUGGCUCCAUCCAUACGGGACUAAGUCGAAAGCUGAAUGAAUAUGACUCUGUGGUGAUGGACAAGACCAGUAAAGUUUGGCGAUCAGCCGACCAGGGAGCAUCUACUAUGCUCGUAGCUGCUUUUGACCCGGCAUUGACAGUUGUCUUUGACCCUACAGCUGUGUAUCUCAGCGACUGCCAGCUCGCUAUCGCAGCACCACCUGCUGUCAACCUCGAUACCGCCGAGAAAUUGCACAAAUUGAGCGAAGAGCUGGUUGGACAGCAGUUCCAGCUGUGA